AUGUCAGCCGCUUUUAUUGUCUCCGUCUUUGCUGGCGCUCUCAGCUGUGUCUUCCUGGUAUGGCUGAUACGUGGUCUUGCGAUCCUUAUCCCUACUUGCUAUCAGCCUUCUCAGAAACCUGAAGAUGACCAUAUCCAGAUUCUUGUCGUCGGCGACGUCGGGCGCAGUCCUCGCAUGCAAUAUCAUGCUUUGAGUGUUGCCAAACAUGGUCGAAAUGUCGAUAUCGUGGGCUACAAAGGUAUGGUUCCAUCACCUGCAUAUCGCGACUUAUGUGCACAUCCUAACAAUGGGGCAGAAACUUCAAGACACCCCGAUCUUAUCGGCAAUCCUCGCGUUACUAUGUAUGCACUCCCACCACAACCUGAGGUCCUUCAAUGGGGGACAUUGCCAUUCUUUCUCAGUAUUCCUCUCAAGGUUUUAUGGCAGUUCUGGGGUUUGUUCAGUACCUUGAUGUACGAUGCUCCUGCUGCGAAAUGGAUCAUCAUUCAAAACCCUCCCUCGAUUCCAACUUUUCAUGUUGCACUCUUGGUUUCCUUUCUACGAGGUAGUAAGCUUGUAGUGGACUGGCAUAAUUAUGGCUACACCAUUCUGGCGCAAGGGAAGUGGUAUGUUAAGCCAUUGGUUCCUGUGUACCGUUGGUAUGAAACCGGCUUCGGACGAUAUCUGGGAGAUAUCAACCUUUCUGUCACCGAUGCUAUGGCCCGUCAGCUCAAAGAGAGGCCUUUCAACCUGAAGCGUUCUGUCCUCACACUUCAUGACCGACCUGCCCAGGUGUUUCAACCUAUUCUCUCUACUACAAAACGUCUGGCCUUUUUGUCUCGACUUGCAGAGACUAAAGACAUUGCCAAGGAUAUUGUCGAUGGAGCAGUACGGCUCAUCGUAAGUAGCACUUCCUGGACGCCAGACGAGGACUUUGGUCUGCUCCUAGAUGCUCUCGUCUCCUAUGCCAGUUCCGCCGAGGCCUCACCCAUCCUAGCUAUAAUUACUGGUAAGGGUCCGCAAAAAGAACUCUAUCUUGAAAAAAUCAAGACACUCCAGGAGGGUGGUAAACUACCUGGCGUUCGUAUCAUAACAGCGUGGCUUUCCACCAGGGACUAUGCUUCACUUCUUGCUUCGGCAGACCUUGGUAUCUCGCUGCAUAAGUCCAGCUCGGGCGUUGAUCUUCCCAUGAAGGUGGUGGACAUGUUUGGUGCUGGUCUCCCCGUCGCAGCAUACUCGGCUUUUGAGAGCUUCAGCGAGCUUGUCAAGGAAGGUCAGAAUGGUUGUGGUUUCGAAACUUCAUCAGAACUGGCGGAGAUUCUCGCGAGACUUCUGAGCUUUUCGGGACAAGAGGAGCUGGCUCGUUUGAAGAAGGGUGCAGUUAGUGAGGGCUCUCUGAGGUGGGAUCAGGAAUGGGACCGUGUAGUUGGCAAAGUCAUUGGGCUUGUUGGUGAAGAGAGCAUUUAG